AUAUUGCAUCGGUUCCAUUACUCUCGACGUCAAGGCCACAGGUCUUCAUUUUAUGGCUGCAACAGUCUCAACUGCCUUUGAGUACGAAGCCGAUGCCGAACGUGCUGCGCGGAAGCUGUACGGAAGGUCCUGCACAGAGCCAUCUGUUCCAAGUGAACUUCUAGCGACCACAGGCUCUCCCUGUGAGACUCAAGCUUCUACGCUUAGAGAUUUAAAUACAGCAUCCUUGAACGCUGAUCCGAUUUUUGAGCAAAUCGAAAGAAACCGCAAAAUUAUCGAGCAACUCUCUCCAGUCCUCAAAUACAAGGAGAUGAUGCGUAAACGUCGAGCGCGAACUGCUCCUAGGCGAAAGUUCUCAAUUGCUCAGGGAUAUCCACGGAUAAGUGCAGUGCGAGGAGUAGGGCAAUGGUCGCAGCUUCCAAUAGCGCCACUGUCGCCGUCCGGUCCUCUUUCUCCUGGAGCUCCGGGCUGUCCAGGGUUUCCUGGGUUUCCUGGACCUCCAGGACCCCCAGGACCCAACGGAAAUCCCGGAGGCCCAGGAAACCCAGGAAACCCUGGAGGUCAGGGUCCUCCCGGAGACAACGGAAGUGCUGGUGCACCUGGACAGCCCGGAGCUCCAGGAGAAAGAGGACCGGACGGCGACAGUGGCGCUACUGGAAGCUGCGACCAUUGCCCUACUCCUCGCACUGCACCUGGAUAUUAG